GAGGGAGGAAAAGGAUGGGGAGGGGAAAAGGGGGCGAUCCAGGCCGGGUCUCCGCUCUCUCCCUGUAUCCCUCCCUCCUUCCCUCCCUCCCUCCUUCCUCUCCAUCGCUUUCGGGAGGCGGCUGCUCGGCGUCCGGCGGCGGCGGUGGCGGCGGGGGAGGUGACCAUGCACCGCGUGCUCCCCAGCCAGCGCCCCCCGGUCUCCUCUUCCUCGUCCUCCUCCUCCUCCUCGGGCUCCUUCCAGGCUCCUCCGCCUCCUCCGCCCCCCGCCACCGACCUGCAGCCCCUCUUCUUGGGCGGAGGAGGAAAGCGGGAAGGCUGCCUCAUCCUCGGCCUCAGCUCCAGCUCCAGCGGAGGCUCCCGGAGGGGGCGGCGGGGCUCCGUGUCCAGCUCCACGGGGACAAGGAGGAGCAGCCCACGCAGCAGCAGCGAGGAAGAGGAGGAGGAGGAGGAGGAAGAAGAGGAGGAGGCCAAGCCUUUGGUGCCGCUGCAGGAGCCCCUCCCGCCCCUCGCCGCCCCCUCGCCGGGCUCCAACAUCCCUUCUUCUUCUUCUUCCUCCUCCUCCAUGACAGCCGGGGAGCCCCCCUCGGGGCCCGGAGGGGGCAACGACAGCAGGAGUGGCAACAGAAGCUCCCGGUGGGGCUUCCAGGCGCUGUCCUUAGUGCUGCUGCUAGGCCAAGGCGCCUUGCUGGACCUCUACCUGAUUGCAGUCACGGAUUUGUACUGGUGCAGCUGGAUUGCUACGGAUUUGGUGCUGGCUGUCGGGUGGGGCAUCUUCUUCUGCCGGAAUAGCCGAGCCCGCCGCCGAGGAGGAGCUGGAGCUGGAACUGGAGGAACUGGAGGAGGACAAUUCCCACCGCCUCCCGCUUUGCAUCCUUUGCUGGGCCACCCUCCUCACGGUGGUGGGCGCGGGGUUGGGGCCUCCUCGUCCUCAGGUGGCAAGGCGGCCCCUCCAGCUCGGGUCAAGGCAGGCGGGGACUUCGCCUACGCACACCUGGCUUGGCUGAUCUACGCCAUCGCCUUCACGCCCAAAGCGGCGCUCAUCCUAGGCACCUCCAUCCUGGAGCUGGUGGAGCUGCGCCUCCCGCUCGGCGCCACGGGAUUCCGCCUCACCUUGGCCCUCUCCGCCCCGCUGCUCUACUGCCUCCUCCGGGCCAUCGGAGCCGGGGAAGCGGAGGAGGCCGAGGAGGAGGAGGAGGAGGAGGAGGAAGAGGGCGCUGCAACCUCCUCCUCCUCUUUCUUCUCCGGGGGCCAGCUCCUGCUCCCGCCCCACCCGCCGCCCCACCACCGCGCCGCCGCCGCCUUCCUGGGCACCUGCCUGGACCUGCUGGACAGCUUCUCCCUCCUGGAGCAGCUCCUGCUCUUCCCGCCGGCGCCGCCCUCCUCCUCCUCGGCCUCCCCGUCGUCCCCGUCCUCCUCCUCUCCGCCCCGGUCCGGGCCCGCGCUGCCCCCUCCGCUGCGCUACCUGCUCCUGGGCGUGUACUUCGCCUGCCUGGCCUCGCCCGUGCUGUGGCUCUACGAGCUGGGCGCCCCCCGCCGGCCCGGCCCGGCCCGCCUGGCGCUGCACUGGCUCCUGCCCGCCGGCCUCCUCGACGCGCCGCUCCUCGCCCUCCGCGCCCUCCUCCUCCUCCGGCACCAGCAGCCCCUCUCCGUCUUCAUGCUCAAGAACCUCUUCUUCCUCGCCUGCCGGGGCCUCGAGGGCCUCGAGAGCGCAUGCCUCCUCCUCCGACGGCACCGACGCCGACGCCGCGGAAAGGGGACCCCCGGGGGGACACCCCACGCCGCACCCGCCGGAGGGCAGCUCAGCCGCGGCCUCUCCGAGAACGACGUGGGACCCCACGGAUACGUCAACACCCUGGCCGUCAGCGCCCAGAGCUGAGCCCGCUCACAACAAGGCCCCCAGGACGCCCUCUCAGCCCUAGGGCCUCUGCUCACUUAGACCAAGGCCAGCCCCAGGUCCCCCACCCACUCAGCCCCUGGACAUCUUCUCAGC